AUGUGUGCCAAAAAAAGCAGCGACAGAGCGGAGACAAACGGGCGCAGUUGCGGCCGAUUCUACUGGGCCUGUCCGAAAACAGACGUGGAAAACACCGAAACGGGCAGAGGAAUUGGAGGCGGCCAAAAGGGCGGGACUCGCGCCAGAACAGCCAGACAAUUUAAUGCACGGUUUUCGAAACUUCAGAAGUUUCGAAACUUUCGAAAAUUGGUUUUGUGUUUGUGUUUUCGUAUUUUUAUACUUUUUAUGCUUUUGUGUUUAUUUGUUGUCGUUUUCUGUUGUCGUUUUUCUGUUGCCGGCCUAUUGCGCAGGCACUCUGGGAGCACGGUGACAAAACGCACACGGUUUAGCAAAUUCUCGCUUUCUUUUUAUUGGAGCGGGAACUGGUGUGCGUGGGUCCCCCGCACCCUCAGCCCACGGCGUUUCUGCUGUUUCGUCCGAUGCCAAAACACCUCGUGGCUGCAUAUGUCGGUCCACUUCUCCUGCACCGGCUCUGUGAUUACGCAACUCGGCUAUAAAUAA